AUGGUGUACGCGACGCUGCUGAGCGAGGAGGACCUGAGUCGGUUCAGGACGAAGCAGUGCAAGCGGCUGCUGAACGGAGGGUGCAACUUUGGAAUAGACAGGUGCCAGUACAGCCACAACGAAUUCUGGAAUAGACGAUGUCCCUUCUAUCUGAGUGAUUCUUCCUUCAUUCGAUAUAUAACAGUUAUGUGUCCAGAUGUGGAGACCAAAGGGGAUGGUUCGAUAAACAGUCUGUGUCUUCGAGGUGGAGAAUGCCCCUUCGCUCACUCAGCGGAGGAAAUCCUGUACCAUCCCUUGUAUUAUAAAACGAAACGCUGUGAAGAUUAUAAAAAAGGAUCCUGCAACACGUAUUACUGUCCGUUCAUUCACGGCUUGGCAGAGACCAGAAUUCCAGGCACCUAUAAGUUGCCAUUCACAAAUGGAAUCAACAUUCCCAAUAUCCCAAACGUAAUCAUCGUCGAUAAAAUUGACAUCGCGAGUAAGACCAAUGCAAACAUAAGUGGUGGAGAUAGACAUAUAAAGAAUGCCAUUUCGGCUAAGAAGCGAAAUGAUCUCAAGUUAGUGGAUAAUCUGAAAAAUUUCGACAGCGCACAGUUUAGCAAAAUGAGCAACUGCAUGAAGCAUUCUCCGUAUUCCUCUAUUGACUCCAUCCCUCAAAACAACACAGAUGCGUAUAAGAUGGGUUGUGGGAAAAAGCUCGCCCUGUCUUUCACCCACAAUUUAAUGAAUAACUCCUCGGAGGAAGAUUUAAAAAAAAGUCGGAUCCUAUUUGGUGAGCAAAAUACCAUGCAUCAUUUUUCUCCCUGCUCGAAAGGCGGAUUGAGUUACCCCAUUAGUUCCUUCGCCCAUUUUGAUAAUAACAUGAUGGGUGUUGCGCCUCACGGGGGAAGCACCGAGAUGGGGAAGGCUCCUCCAAAUGGGCUCUCGUGCACUCACUAUAGCGAAUUCCUGGGGGGUAACCUCACCAAAGGAGAGAAUCGCUCCUCAGUGAAAUCGAGCAUGUCGACCCACAUCACGGAAGCACUCCACCCCAGCAACAACUGGAAGAACCAUUUUAACAUGCUGAAGAUGAAGCAGAAUUACUCUAGCUGUAGCACCGCCGCUCAAGAAAUGAACUUUAACGAACAUGACGUGACAAGCGAUGACGUGGUGGAGGAUGACGAGGAGGAGAUCGACAAUUACCUCAGGAACACGAUGCUGCCGAACGGGGGCGACGCGAUUGGUGAUUCCAGGGCGGACUACAGCGGGAGCGGAAAAUACAGCUGCAACUACAACUACCACUGUGAUUGCGGCAGUGCAAGCAACGAACGGAAUGACGGAGGAAGCGUCCACCACAAGUCCGGAUGUAGCGCACACCACGCAGACGAAGAGCAAAACACCAGCGAAGUCAACCUUCUAGAAAUAAUCAAGUGCCUCAAAAAUCUAUACGAGCGGAUCAUGAAAGGCAAUUUAGUCUUCUCCCCAGAGCAGUGGGAUAACAUUGCCCAAAUAACGUACGAAAUUGUCGGCGUCGUGGAAUUCAACCGAAUCUUAAAAUUGAAGAGAACCACCGAUAAGAUGAAGAAGGACAUUUGCAACAGGAACAAGCAGUUCUCUUUUGAUAUGUCUACGAUAACAGACAUAGGGCCGGAAGGGGUGAAGGGCUCCGAUGAGACGCUAGAAACGGAUGCGCUGGGGGGGGGACUGUAUGGGAAGGAAGAAACGAGUGCAAAUCAACAGGCGGAGGAGCAAAAUGGAGAAAUUGCACCAACGAUGAAGAAGGAACACAUUAACGAUACGAUUCAAUCGGCCACUUCAAGCGAGCCAGUAUUGACCAAAAUGAAACUCCAAUUAGACAGCAAAAGGGAAGACAUGCCGGAUGCAAACAGCGCCGACGAUGCGGGGGACACCCACAUGAUGAUGCAUCUGUAUCAGGGCCACCAGAGAGAGAAUUACCCAAUUGGUAAAAACGACAUGGAUCUGUUUAACGUGAAGAGGAAGAUUUUAACCCACCAGUUAAGCGGCCUCAGUGAUGUAGCCAACGGGAUACGGGGAAUUGCCAACAUGGGAAACAACAAAAUGGCUAGCUCGAAUGGCGAAGUGGAUAACGCCAAUAACGACGGCGAAAACGCCAAAGACGACCCCCAAUUUUUGGACUAUUACAACCUAAACAAAGGUAAUUUCAACUUUGCAGAAACGAAAGAAAACCCAGAUAAAAUUUUGUCGCAGCAGCCAUUCAUGUCUUUCUUUUCGUUUCUUUCUGAAUGA